UUAAUAACUAAUUCAACUUUAUAAAUUUGUUCUUUGCAAUAUAAACUAGUUUUUUUUAGCAGAGACCCAAUUUACUGACCCAUAUUCAACAAUAUGCUGUUAUUUGUUGAUGAAUCUACUUUUUCAUAGUCAUCAAUGUAAUCCUAGUUGUUAACUUGUCAACUGCGAUAUGCAAAAAAAGUUUACUAAUCAAUAUUUCGAGAGGAAAUGGCAAUGACAUUAAUGUUCAAAUAAAUUCAACAAAUUAAAAUGUAAUUAUCUUACGUACACUUCACUGAGUUGCCAAAUGUUGUGAAACUUGUUGAGUAGCGGGUGCACCCGCGGGCCAAUAUUAGUUAGUUAUAUCUCAAAACUUGCCAACUGCCUUCUCAGAACCCGAUUUAAUUUCAAAAUUCAUGUUUCUUACAUGCACAAUUUAACACUGGGUUACACUUUUUACGACGAAUAACGACUGAUUUGUAUAAAAUGCCAAAGAGAGGAAAAAAGGACAUUUCAGUUUGGGUUCAAAACGAUGUAUUCACUUUGGAUACACGAUCAACUUGCUUAAAACUUAUAGGUCGAGACCUUUUUGUCGAAUGGGUGACGAAACCAGUACCUACUGAGCUAUUUAACAUUGUAAUGCAUUAUUUAAGUCAUACAUUAUUUAUGAUAGUUGUAUAGUUAGUAUGUCGGCCUGAAAUUGUUAAAAAAACAGUGGUCUUGGCCUAAGAUUCCAGUAUCCUAUUCGUGAUAUCUUUAUUGGCAAUAGGCAAGCGGGUCAUCAUUCGUCUGUGUGGGUUUAAACCCAAAAAACUUGCGGGGUGUGUUUAAGGUAGGUGGAUUCACGAUAACGAUUUUUUCCUUCAUCGAUUGAUUGCAAACAGCGCACAUAGAAAGAAAAGUACAUUUGUGCUCAGUCGUGAUUUAGACGCGACCUCUGGGUUGAGAGUCGCAAGCUUCAACCACUAGGUCAAUACGCAGUAUUCAGCUCGCUGUAAAAAAUUACCUUUGACUAAAAUUGGCUACCUACUGUAAGAGUUUAUAAAGCGUUUCCCCAUUCGCCAUUCCCAAAAUCAGCCUAUAUUUAUCAUACCGACAUGAUUCCUACUUUUGAAGUAUUCCCAAAUAAAUAAAUUCACUGUCACCCAAAGUCAAAUCGGAUUCACGCUUCACACAUUUUGAGUGACAGCUUACACUCAUAUUAUAAUUAUUAUAUCGAUUUAAUUAUCUCAUUAGAUACAAAUGCCAGAUAAAACACUCAUUUAAUUAUUUUGCUUGUAAGAUAUCAUUUCAUAAAAUUAUAUUAUUAAUUCGAAACGUAAUUACGAAUUGAAAGUUAAGGCCGUGUUAUUACUUAGUUCAAGUGGAGAAAAUGAUAAAAACUAAAAAGCAGCUUUGUAAAAAGCUUAACAUGUUAGGUUAGACGAUGGUUUUUUAUGUUAUAUCGGUAUUGUACGUGUAGACGCCGUCAACUACAUAUUUUGCUUAUCACAUGAAUUCAAAGGGAUUUUGAGACACCAUCCAACCAUGCUCACAACUCACAAGCUUCUAGCUUCAGUGAUAAAAGUGGCUGAGACGCGCUUACUCGCGUGUCGUUGUUUAAAAGUGAAAUGACCCGACGGCGUUUAGUUUAAUUUAAUUUGAAUAUUAGACACAAACUAAAAUUAGUGAAAUAAUGAAACAGUAUUUAAGUGUGAAACAAAAUGUCUACGGAUAACGAUUCGUUUGAAAUAACCAAUGUUGGGAAACGUGAUGCUUCUGUGAGGGGUAAAGUGGAUAAUAAAAAUAUUGACGAUUGCAUAAAUCAGAUUGGAGCCAAAUGCUUAGAGAUGAAUCAUGAUAGGAUACAGAAUGGUCCUAAGGACUUGUUGGGAGUCCCAAGAACUGGACACCGAAAAUCUUUCAUGGAGGAGGAGAGUGCGAAAGAGAAAGCAAGGGUCUCUCUGUUGAGGCAGUGUUCGGCUCUAUUGAAGCUGAACGAACAGAAGUACAAUAAGGAUGCUCUUCAUAGAACAUUUCAAGAUGAGGGCUUCUUGGAAAAAAUAUUUCGAUUGUUUGAUCUAGAAGGCAAAGACUACCUGAUCCAAGAGGACUGGAUUGAGUUCCUCAAGGAGAGGUUAACAGAAGAGAAGCAGCUAGAUUUUGUGGAACAGGUUGAGAGCGUGGCCUAUGUGCUGUGUGGUGAGGGGGUGGUCACACCAGACUCCUUCCAACUCAUACUAAAGAAUAAAGUGGUCACUAAGAAGCUUCUAGUUGCGGUAGACUCAGAUGGUGACGGGUCGGUAACAGCUGACGAGAUAAUGGACUUCCUUUCUGCCGUCAGCACUUCAAGGCCUCGGGCGGGUAUCGACCAAUCCAGCGUUGAUCGCCUUGAGCGGCUCUUUCGUGAGACUGUAGGAGACCAAAGGGAGAUCACCAGUGAACACUUUCAGAAAAUAUUCGUCUCCAAGAAUUCUUUCUUCACAAAGCGGGUGUUCCAAAUAUUCGAUGAGGACAACUCGGGGGCUAUUUCGUUGCAAGAGUUCAUAGCUGCUGUACAUCGCUUCGGCCGUCAGACCCCCGAGGACAAGAUUCGAUUUCUUUUCAAGGUCUACGAUGUUGACGGCGACGGUCUCAUUCAACAAAAUGAGCUGCAAGAAGUGAUGAGAGCAUGUAUGCAUGAGAACGGGAUGCACUUCAGCGAGGAACAGCUCUGUGAGCUGACAGAGGCCAUGUUUUGCGAUGCUGACCUUGAAGGCAGAGGGGCUAUCACGUAUGAGGCCUUGAAAGACCAGCUCAGUAAGCAUGGAGGGUUGCUGGAAAAUCUUUCAAUUAGCAUUGACCGCUGGCUGGUUCCUCCUGCUCCAAAGCCCUCUUCCACUCUCCUGACUCGUCUCUCCUCCCUAAAGCCCUACCAGAUGUCGUUCCCCUACUUCAAGAAUAAUCAUGUGUUCGUGAUGUACCUGCUCAUGUUCUUUCUCCUCAACCUGGCACUAUUUGUGGCUCGAAUCGUCGAGUAUUGGCAUUCUAAUGUGUUUGUCAUUUUUGCUAGAGCUUGUGGUCAAUGCCUGAACUUCACCUGUAGCUGGGUGCUAGUAUUAAUGCUGCGGUGUUGCAUCACGGCCCUAAGAACUCGCGGCAUCGGUUCCUUACUACCGCUUGACCAUCAUAUUUAUUUACACAAAUUGACUGGAGUACUGAUUCUCGUGUACAGUGUCAUUCACACCAUAAUGCAUUUGUGUAACUUUAGUGUAAUCGUAGUAAAUGACCCAGUACUUAAUGCGAAUAACUACACCUUAUGGGAAUGGAUCGGAUCCACGAAGCCAGGUCUUUUUGGCUUAGUCGGUGGCUGUGCCAAUCCAACUGGUCUCGCAUUGUGCUUCACGCUGUUUAUACUCGCCACCUGCAGCAGGCCUGCUGUGCGUCGUGGGGGAUGUUUUGAGAUCUUUUAUUUCACCCAUCUGCUGUACAUUCCCUUCUGGGUGUUGUUAUUGUUCCACGCUCCCAACUUCUGGAAGUGGUUCAUUGCACCUGGCACCAUCUACAUCUUAGAGAGAGUACUAAGACUUACUUGGAUGAGGUCAGAACGAGGGAAGAGCUACAUAGCGAGCGGAAUCCUGCUCCCGUCUCGCGUGACACACCUCGUGGUGAAGCGGCCCUCGCUAUUCCACUUUCACGCCGGAGACUACGUCUUCGUCAACAUUCCAGAUAUCGCGAGCUAUGAGUGGCAUCCUUUCACCAUCAGCAGUGCACCAGAUCAAGAAGACUACAUCUGGCUUCACAUCCGCGGAGUGGGGCAAUGGACCAACAGAUUGUACGAGUACUUCGAGAUGGAACAACAACGUUUGCACGCGAACACACAUCAGGCAGUGAACCGAACACAUUCCGGUGAAAGCUGUAAGAGUGCGAUGAGCAGACGCAAAGGUUCCGGUGCCAGCAAACCUCGCUCGGUGGACUUUUCUCCUCUUGCGUUUGACAAUACUGCCUUUUGUGCUGACGAAAGCAAUACUUUUAAAGCAUUAUCCCCUCUUCAGACCACGCGCUCAAAAUUCCUGUCACCCAUGAAGCUACUGGAGAAGUCCCAUUCGAUGCCGGACGUUUUCAACAAUAAGAAAAAGAAACUGAAACCAAAUUUUUCACCGGAGAGCCUAAGAUGUGGUUCAGAGCUCUACAUAGCGGAAGUCCCCCGAAGACGCAUCACGGGAGGCACCAGGGACGCGGCCUUGGCGCACAGUUUUCGCUACAUGAGAACCAAACCCACCAUCAUCUCCUGCCGACCCCCGGACGAGAGAAGGAGAUCCAACGAAAGCAUACUAAGCCUUGCUCGUCGUAGAUUCUCAAAGAGCCGUUCUCCCGAGCGAGAUGUAGAAAAGGAAGCUCCUGUAAUACAAGAGGAGAGCCCUGACUCUGUCUGCGAGGACUACCCUUCUGGGAAACCACUCGAGAUUUACUUAGACGGUCCAUACGGUGCAGCAUCCUCCCACAUCUUCCGAGCUCAGCACGCCGUCUUAAUAGCAGCUGGUAUCGGAGUCACGCCUUUCGCAUCAAUCUUACAAGCCAUCAUGUACAAAUACCGACACGCGAGAGUCACUUGUCCAAACUGUAGCCAUACAUGGCCCUGUAGACCAAGAACUGACAUGACCCUUAGAAAGGUUGAUUUCUUCUGGAUAAAUCGAGAGCAGCGGUCAUUCGAGUGGUUCGUCUCCCUUUUAUCUCAGCUGGAGAUAGAGCAGGCCGAAGCGGGUGAUGCCGAGAGGUUUCUGGAGAUGCACAUGUAUAUAACCAGUGCGUUGCAGCGAAGUGACAUGAAGGCUGUCGGACUGCAACUGGCGUUGGAUCUAUUACAUGAGAAGGAGAAACGAGACCUGAUAACAGGUCUGAAGACGCGAACAAACGCUGGUCGUCCCAACUGGGACAAAGUGUUCCAGCGCUUGCAGGAGCAGGGCAAGGGCAAGGUAACAGUCUUCUACUGCGGACCGCCGCUUCUCGCCCGAAUCCUGAGGGUCAAAUGCGAUCAGUUCGGGUUCGAUUUCCGAAAAGAAGUUUUUUAAAUGUUUUCAUCAAAAAUUAUUUGUUACUUUUGUUUUAACUUUUAACUGACUGUCAUAGCAGUUCAGAACGUAUAAUAUCAUAAAAGGGUGACAUGUCAAGUUUAAAAAAGAUUAUAUAAAUUAUGAAGUAUUUUAAUAAUGUUAAUAGUAACGUAAUUUUAUAUUUAUUUAUUGACAUUUCAUUUUGUAAUAACCGCUUUUAUUAUUAGUUAAAAUUAAAAUGAGGAACAUUAUUCUUUUAACGUGAAGUAUUGUAUUAUUAUUUAAAAAUAUGUAGGUUGUAAUAAAUUAUUGUUAAGAAUUUUUGUAUAAAGAAAUUAUUAAUGUUAUGCGUAAUUUAUUUAUAAAAUAAAACGUGAUGUGUAGAUUAUUUAGGUUGAAAUAUAUAUUUUGAUAGUACGCUAAAUUAAAGUGUUAAUAAUAAUAU